AUGAGCGAACGUUUUGAGCCAUGGAGGGAUUAUUUGGGUCUGGCGGACGCAAUCCAACAGAUUGUGCCUCGCGACACGCACGCUGAGCACCACCUGUCAGUGCGCGCGCGUGGCGCAGAGCCGGACGAUCUGAUCAAAGGCUUCAUGUCUAUGCGCCUGAACGCAGUCGGCAGAACGGAGCCACGCGCAGACAGGACGUCAGAUUUCCACCGCACGGCCUUCCUGAGCCCGCACGCGCCUCAAGCAGAGGACGUGGAGGCGAACAUGACGUCAGAAUCACCGGCGAGUUCCGUCUGGUCCAAAGAGCGCAAGAGGACCAGAAGCGGCGGCACUCCUGCUCCUCCUGAGCGCGCCAAGUUCUGCAGCUUCUGCAAACAUAACGGGGAGUCCGAGCUGGUUUAUGGAUCCCACUGGCUGAAGAACCAGGCCGGGGACGUUUUUUGUCCCUACCUGCGGAAGUACGUGUGUCCCCUGUGCGGGGCCACGGGGGCCAAGGCUCACACCAAGCGCUUCUGCCCCAAAGUGGACAGCGCGUACUGCUCCGUGUACGUCAGGUCCAGACGCUGAGUCGGACUUUUUAGCAAAAGGACAAAGAGAAGACAUCCUCUUCUUUAUGAGUGGGGUUUUUUUUUUUUGUUUUAGCGCGUGUGGUUUGUGCUGAUU